CUGCAACUGCCACCGGAAAUAAUUCAGUCGCUUGGGGAUGCUCAAAGAUUAAGUGGAGUGUCAAAUUUAAAUGAUGAUAUAAUUGUCCGUUAUCCCCAUUUUGUUGACUUCCAUCCAAAUGGAAUUACAUGGGUAGUGAAAGCUCGAUUGAUCAGAAUGGUAGAAAUGUUUAAUCAGUUUUUACCUCAUGCAACGAUGAUAUUGGUUUUACUUGAUGACCAGGGUGAUGCUAUGGAGGCAAGUGUAGGGCCCGAAGAAGUAUUCUAUUUCAGGGAGCAUCUUUUCGAGGGUAGGGUCUACCUUUUUAAAGGAGUCAGUAUUGUAUCAGCUGAUGAGAAGUUCAACCUGGUACCGUACCACUACAAAAUGUGUUUUACUGAUGAUACAAGAGUUGAACAUGUAUAUAUCACAUGUGAUAGGACACCCCUUCAUUGGGCUUACAAUGUAAGAUUACAAGAUAUCCAUCAUUUUGCCAAAAACUAUGUGCAAUUGAUAGAUGUGGUUGGGUUGGUUGUCACUGUCACUGAACAUCGAAGUACGAGAAAUGAAUAUUCUAUGAUGAGAGAUGUGGUUUUGCUUGAUCAAAGGUACUAUAAAUCAUUUGUGUGCGUAAAAUUUAUUACAACAAUUUGAAUUUAAUCUCUAUUCUGUAUUGACAAAUUGAUAACAGUAUGACGUUUGUCCGACUUACUCUGUGGAACAAAUUAGCAAUGAGAGAUGGGAUGCAUCUCCUUGAAACUCUGCACCAAAAUAAUAUUUUGUUUGCUACAGGAUUGAAGGUCGAUGAUUUUCAUGGUCCGUACCUUAGCACUUGCAAGAAAAGCAAAUUAUACGUUAACCACUCAAUUCGUACAGACGGGAUUCCUGAAUGGUUUGCAAAAGAUGAAAAUGCACAAAAGUCAGUAACAUGGAACCGCACACAUGGAUUUUCGCUCCCACAGGCAUUAAUAAUUUCAAAUGCCAAGAGAAUUCGAAUAAACCAAUUUGCGUUUCGGACCAAUGUAAACUAUUAUCGCGUUAUUGGCCGCAUUGAAAAAAUAUAUGUUGAACAUCUAUGGAUUGAUUUAUGCAAUACAUGCUAUAACCAAGUUGACAAUCAGUACGGCUGGUUUAUGUGUAAACAUUGUGGCAGAGAAGAUGUGCAGACUAUAACCAGGUAUAAUGCAAAGAUGGUUGUAAAAGACUCCACUGGCUCAAUGGAACUCUUGGUAAAGGACACGAAGGCAGAAUUCAUCUUACAAUGUGUCCCUUCAUAUCUGAAGAAAAUAAUGUUAAAGGAUAAUGGGGCGCAAAUGCUCAAAGACUACAUUUCUCAAUUUAAUGAAUGUCCAUACGUGUUUAUUAUUCCUGCUCCAAAGUUUGGAUGCGUUGACCAUUGUGCUCCCGUGGUGACUUUUGUAUUAAAAGUUGAUUGGUCAGAAGAGUGUUGGCAUAUUUUCAAAGGGAAAUCGAGAACUGGCAAAGAGACAUUGGAUUCAUCGUGA